AGAAGGCACCCAAGAGAGCCCCAAACUGCACUCCAAGCCAGGACUCCAGAAUCCAGAAUACACGAAAUGCCAAAGAAUGACAAAUGCAAACUGCACAACAGAGAACAGAGGAAUCAUCUACAUGCUGCUGGCCAUAUCUGUGUUCUUAAAGAUGCUUUCAUGUAUGAAAGUCCAGCUGAAAUAGCAACUCUGACCUCCACAGACAAGUUUGAUGCAGCCCUGGCCAUUCACCUCUACAAAGCAGGCAGACUGCUGCAAGGGAGCAGAAUUCCUUUCGGAAUCAUCUUUGGUGGCACAGAUGUAAAUGAAGAUCUCAAAUGUACAGAGAAACGCCAGGUCAUGGGAGCAGUGCUGGAGGAAGCCAGGUUUGCAGUGGCUUUCACAGUGGAGAUGAAGGAGCUGGCAGCAGCAGAAUGGCCAGAUGCUAGGAAGAAAAUCUACGUCCAAAGCCAAGGAAUUAAGACUACACCCAGUGCAACAUUUGACUGGUACAGAUUUCUACAAAAUGCAGGCAUUCCUGCAGACACAGACAGUUUGCAUCUGUUCCUUUUGGUGUGUGGGCUCCGAAGAGUCAAAGACCCUCUGUACUUAGUGGAGGUUUUCUCAGACUGGCACAGAAGGGAUUCCAGUGUCCAUCUGGGCAUUAUUGGACCUGCAGUUGACCCAGUUUUUACCUGUGAAGUUAAGGAGAAAGUUAAAAGGGCUGCUGGGGUGCACGUGCUGCAGGAGCUGCCCCAGGAGGAGCUGCAGGCUGCUGUCUGCAGGUGCUGUGCCCUGGUGAACAGCUCCAUCUCAGAGGGGAUGUCUGCUGCCAUCCUGGAGGCAAUGGAUUUAGAUAUUCCAGUGCUGGCAAGGAACAUUCCUGGGAAUGCAGCAAUAAUAAAACACAAGGAAACAGGACUGCUGUUCUCAACUCCCCAGGAGUUUGUUGUGCUGUCCAAGAGUUUAAUGAACGACCCCAUUAUGAAAAAGGAAAUUAUAACAAGGGCCAAAGACUAUGUGAAGAAACACCAUUCCUGGGAAGGUGAAAGGAAAACCUACCAGGACCUUGUGCUGAGACUGCAGUGAGUUGCAGGACUCCAGC